AUGAAUGAAAAUUCAACUCCACAAAAUUGGAACAGAAUUGAAAUUAAUGUUAAAGAUGUUAAUGUCACUUCCACUUCAAAUGUUACGACAAAAACACUUUCACUUCACAAAUGUGCUACUUUUAAUGUACCACUUAAAAUCACUUCAUCAAUUGAGUUUUACACGAAUGGGUAUAUUAAAAUGACUUCAAAAUAUUCUUUAACAAUUGGCGAAAGUGUUACAAUAAGUCUCAAUAACAUGACAACAAUUGGGGAUAAAACGGGUCUUAUUCAAAUUCAUAAAGGUGGUAUAUUUAUAUCAGACACAAUAAAUAUUAUAGUCGUUUUUAAUGAUUACAAAGACAAUUAUAUCAACUUGAUUUCAUUUCAAGAAGUUCAAAAUUCAUCUUCAACACCUUUGUUUAAUAAUUUACUUGGUGGGAAAUUAUAUCGAGCUUAUCUAAACUCUAACAAUGUUGAUACAUCCGUUACAUGUACUUAUAUUGGAGGACAGUUUGAUGAUUACAACAGAUAUGAAAAUCAAAUUCUUCACUGUCCACUUUCUUCUAUUAAUUCGACAAUUGUGAUACAAAACACAAAACUCGAACAGAACAUUAAUUUUAUUGGAGUAUUUAUGCAAAACACAACGCAACUUGAUUUUAUUAAACAAAACAAUUUUAGUUCGAAAUUUGAAGAUCAAAAUGAAAAUCUGAUUUAUAUAAACAACUCUUCAAAAAAUGGCGAAAAUAUUGAAAUCUCACAAACAAGUAAGAAGUGGAUUUUAGGCUCUAAAUUUGGGUUUACAACUUCACAAAAGUUAUUAAAAAGGGAAAUAAUAAAAACAACAGAUACUUAUAAAACAGUGUCAUUUAAUGAAACAAACCAAUGUUUGCUUUUUUAUUCCAAUUUAGAAGAUGGAAGUUGUCAUUUAUGUAAAAAUGACUCAUAUCUAUUGGGUGGAAAUUGCGAAAUUAUAAAUUCAAAAUGUACAACAUUAUACAAAAAACAAACUUCAACUGUUUGUGAAGCUUGUGAGACUGGAAGCGAAGCUUAUAAAAAUCAAUGUUUACCAUGUCCAAUUAAUUGUCUUCAUUGUGUUAAAGGAAAAUGCGUUUUAUGUGAUAAAGAGUAUAUUGUUGACGUCAAUGGAAACUGUGAAAAUGUAUUACUUUAUGAUGAUAAUUCGUUACUAAUUAUAUCAGGUAAAUAA